GAGGCACCUCCGUCCCAUGACAUCUUAGUCUUCAUGACGGGCCAGGAGGAGAUCGAGGCCCUGGCGAGGACAUGCCGGGACAUCGCCAAGCAUCUGCCGGAUGGCUGUGGCCCCAUGGUAGUUAUCCCUUUGUAUGCAUCGCUGCCCCCAGCACAGCAGCUCAGGGUCUUCCAGCCAGCUCCCAAGGGCUGCAGGAAGGUCAUCCUUUCAACCAACAUCGCUGAGACGUCAGUGACAAUCUCUGGGAUCAAAUACGUCAUAGACACGGGGAUGGUGAAGGCCAAACGCUUCAAUCCAGACAGCGGUCUGGAGGUGCUGGCGGUGCAGCGGGUUUCUAAAGCACAAGCGUGGCAGCGAGCGGGCCGAGCCGGCAGGGAGGACUCGGGCUCCUGCUAUCGUCUCUACACCGAGCUGGAAUUCGACAACUUUAUCCCCAUGACUGUGCCUGAGAUCCAGAGGUGUAACCUAGCUGGUGUGAUGCUGCACCUCAUGGCUCUGGGCAUUCCAGAUGUGAUGAAUUUUGAUUUCAUGUCCAAACCUUCCCCUGAGGCCGUGCGGUCUGCUGUGGAGCACUUGGAGCUGCUGGGAGCUCUGGAGAGGAAGGAGGGGCAGGUUUUCCUCACUGCUCUGGGAAAGAAGAUGGCCAGCUUCCCUCUGGAGCCCAGAUAUGCCAAGACCAUCCUGUUGUCCCCGGACUACUCCUGUUCCGAGGAGGUUUUGAGCAUUGUGUCGCUGCUGUCAGUGGACACGGUUCUGUACAACCCUCCAGCCCGGCGGGAGGAGGUGCUCGCUGCACGCAAGAAGUUCACUUCCAGCGAAGGAGACCACAUGACGCUGCUCAACAUUUACAGAGCGUUCAAGAAAGUCAGCGGUAACAAGGAGUGGUGUCGGGAGAACUUUGUCAACGGCAGGAACAUGGGUCUGGUGAAAGAGGUCCAGGCUCAGCUCAGAGAAAUCUGCCUUAAGCUGAAUCUGAAGCUGGAGUCGUGCGGGGCGGAGACGGGGAACGUCCGCCGCUGCCUCGCCCACGGGAUGUUCAUCAACGCUGCGGAGCUGCAGCACGACGGCAGCUAUUUGGCUCUGGACACCCACCAGCCCGUGUCCAUCCACCCCUCCUCCGUCCUUUUCCAGGCCAAGCCAGCGUACGUGGUGUUCAAUGAGCUGCUGCACACGUCCCGCUGCUACAUGAGAGACCUGUGUUUGGUCGACGCCGACUGGCUGCUGGACGCGGCGCCAGAGUACUUUGGCCGCAAGCUCCACCUCACGAAGAGCUAACCAAUGGAGAAACAGGACGCCUGCCACAAAAACACAGUGUACUCUUUGGAUUAAGGCACUUUUAUUGCAAGCCAGAACAGAACAUUUCUCUGGAUUCCACUACCUCCCAGUUGACGAGCAUCUGGCAUGUGUCACUGCAGCAGAAAUCUGCAUAUUGAGGCCUCACAACUCCAGACUCAUUCAGAUUUUAUAAGCUGAACUUCUUCUGCCUGACAGCGUUUCAUCUCAACGUUCGGCCACGUCUGACACCUAAACGGGAGAUUCUUUUUAAGGCGUCGUGCUUCAGUUCUUUCAGCGUUUGCAUGCAUUUUAACAGUAACUUCACUGGAGCACAGUCAGCACAGGACUUUAAGAUCUUCAUGUGUUCAUUUUACAAAAUAUUGUACUUUACUUGUUAAGCCACCUGCCGAGCAGCGCUACAGCUGACUGGAUAGUGGCUGUUUUUUUUCAAAUUCAUUAUGAAUUAUAGUGAGGACUGCCUCCAAAAAUAUGAGCUUUUCUCCAAGAAAAGCAGUCGUUGUCUUAAACUUUGCCACCACGUAGUUGGGAGUUUACACAAACGGAUCUGAAAAGCUUUUCUAUAUGCAAAGACAGUAGAUUUGUCUGACGAGAAAAACACCAAAGUUCAAUUUAAAAUCUUCUAUUUUCACAUCACAGUGAUGUAAUUUCAGUUCACUAGUCUACAUCGCAGCACUUGGCUGGUUAGCUUGUGCAUGCUCUUAGUUUUCCCAUCUACAGCCGUGUCCUUCUCCACAUAACGUGCACGUCAGGAGAAGCAGCAUGCCUUAUUCUCCGGGUUCUGCUCUUUGCUGUUGUGUGUCGCACAGAUCUUUGCUCGGCCCCAACACACGCCAACCACACAUGUAUACUGACAGCAGACGUAUGCGAUGCAUGGAGAUUAUAGUCAACGAUCUGAUCGCUCAGGUCCUCCACACUUUGUAGAAUGUAAGUCACGUCGUGUCGAGGAAUCGGAUGGAUGCUCCUCUUGUCUUUUUCUACACUGGACUCAGGACUGUAAAUUAUAAACAGAAUAAAUUACAUGAAGAGUUUCUUACUUUGCAAUCAAACGCAUCCGAGGUUGCUGUAGAGAGAACUGUUAGACUUUGCUGUAUUUUCUGUCACUGAAGCUCUUAGAAAUCAUCUGGCCCAUGUGGUUUAUAAGUGCACCAUUUAAGAUCUGCAUGUACUUUACAUGCUUGCAUGUCGUUUAUAAGAUCAAAUGCACGCCUUUGAUGAGUAUACGAUUUGUUAUAGUCUUAUAUAACCACACUUGUUAUAAUUUCUAAUAAAAACCUACAACCACCUGUUUAA